AUUACCGACUUACAUCUGUAUAACGCAAAUCUAUUCAGAUCAUUUGAAGUUUUCUGCUCUCAAACGGUCCCUAUCAUUCGUCCGGAACUCCUUGUCAUUUCAGGUAAAGUAUUCCGACAAAAUCAGCUGUAUUCAACAGGUGAUCUGGUGGAUGCUUCUCCAAUCUAUUUUAUAUCCCGCCAGAAUGUAUUCGAAUGGCAGGCAUAUCACAGGAUACUACACGAAUCGGGUGUUUUGAAUAUUACCAAAGUGUUUGAUCUCCGCGGAAAUCAUGAUAUGAUGGAUGUAUUAGCAGCAAACCAUUCUAGUGACUACUUCAGCCAGUUUGGCAUCCAAGGUCGUAUUCAUCCACGGUCGUACCGUUUCAACCUAACAAAGCCGUUUGGGCGCUACUCCUUUAUCUUCCUGGAUGCUUCUCCACCGGUGGGAGUAAAAGUUCCCCUAAAUUAUUUUGGACAACUAACACGUGCUGAAGAAGAGAGGCUUCUGCAAUAUGCUUCGGAAUCCGAGGGCAGCAACCACACUUUCGUAUUCGGGCAUUACACAACUUCCACCAUUGGCCCGGGGACUAUUGACUUGCGAGGCCUACUAGGGACCUUUUGCUUUGCUUACUUUUGCGGCCAUAUGCAUACGGCUGAUGGGCUAAUACCUGAGAUGCAUGUGCUACAACCUGAAGGCUAUCUGGAGCUUGAAUUGGGCGACUGGAAGUAUGAGCGUUAUUAUCGAGUUAUUGCUGUCGACGAUGACAUGGUCUCUUUCGUCAAUGUUAAAGCGUCAACGUGGCCUGUUCUCCUUGUCACAAACCCGAAAAAUUCCAAUUUCUUACUACCCAACAAGGAACCAGCCAGACGAAUAUUAACUUCGACCCAUAUUCGGAUAUUGGCUUGGUCCAUUCAGCCCAUACUCAACAUUUCGGUUACUAUUGAUGGGAAAUACCAAGGGAAAGCCAUCCAGGCCAGUGCUGGUACCAACCUUUCAUCACCGCUUUAUACUCUUCCGUGGAACGCAAGCCACUGGGCUGAUCACUUGGUGCACACGAUACGUGUGUUAGCCCUGGACACGGCUGGAAAUCAACAUGCUUACGAACAUGUAUUUGUCGUAGACCGAGCACCAACAUGGGAAUUCGCCUUCAUGGCCCGGAUGGCUCUGCAAACGAACCUGUCACUUUUCAGCCGCUUGGGUUUCUAUUGUUCAGAAGGCCUUAUUAUCUGCCUGCUGUUUGCGCUUCGUUUCAUCCCUAAAAGAUAUACUUUCGGAAGUAGACAGAAAUAUCGAUUCUCUCAGGGCCUGUACAGAAUCCUACAUUCCAACUGUUCGUUUCUGUCAAUCUUGGGUCUAUCCUUCUACCAAUGUUUGGGUCCCAGUUACAUUGGAUUCAUUUUGAGCCAACAGUUUGGUGCCGUUUUCAGCUUUGGCAUCUUCGUAUUUCAUCAGUUCGUCGAUGAUGCUGUCACUUACUCCCUCGAGCUAGUUCAGUUAUACAUGUUCCUUUUGAUCUACCUACCCUAUGUGAUAUGGUAUCUUGGCUACGACCAAUUAAAUAAAUCCGCCCAAGAAGAAACAAAUGAAACAGAGUUAUCGGACAUGUCUACACAAAAUCAAGCCGCGGACCUUGAAAAAGUUAGUUCGGACUCCACAACACACGAUCCCGUAAUUCAUCCUGUCCGAUGGAUUGGACUGAUUCCUCUCCCAUUAUUUAUUCAUGCAAUCAUCUUCACAACUUUUCAGCUCGUAUUUAUUUUGCUCACUGUAGCCAUUCCUUAUGGUCCUUCAGCAGCAUUCCUAUGCCCUGGCCGUCUGUUACCUAUCGCAGUCUGUUGGUUCAUCGCUUCAAAAUCGAGAUCCAUCAUGUGUCUUCCCUAACUGUAUGUCCACGCAUUUUAGCGGGAAUAGUCUCGCAAUAUGGUCACACAGCAGCCCCCCUUAUUUCUUUCUAUUUCAUGCAUUGUAAGUCUUUGAAACAGUUUCAUUACCUUAGCCAUUCAGACAGCGUACUAAGUCGCUUUGCUUCUUUGUAGUUUGUGUACCACGUACAUUAAUGCAACUUAUUUCUGAUUUAUUGUGAGUGUCAGUGAUAUUGUACAUAUAGAGUUCUGAAAGUCAAACGGAUUAUUUACAGUCGAUUUCUCCUAUAGUG